AUGAAUAACGAGGACGUAGUAGGAGAGGACGAGUACCUAGACGAAUUUUCAGAUGGAAGUGCCUCAAACGAAUUUUCAACGAACAGCGAAAGUAGCAUAGGACAGAGUGACGAGAGAAAGAGGGAUAAUGAAAAGGGGGAUGAACAUAAUGCACCGUUAGACGAGGGUUUUGACAAGCAAAGGAGCAAACUAAAUUUUGCACUUAUGAAGGAGGAAAUACUAAAUAUACAUAAGAAAAAUAUAUGUGAAAUAAGAUCAGUAAGGAAAGGGAGUACAUUAGUUGUGUCAGGAAACGAUAACAAUGUAAGAAUUUAUGAAUUUAAAAAUAUGAAUAAGUAUGAAAAAGGGUAUACAAAAUUGAUAAGUUUAUCUGAAGGUUCAAUUAUACAAUCUUUAGAUGCACAGAAUAAUAUUACAUUGAUAGCAAAUGGAAAUAAAUGUUAUGUAUAUAAUCGAAAUUACGAACUAAUUAAGAAUACUAUUAGGGGUGAUAUGUAUAUUAAGGAUGUUAAUAAAACGAAAGGGCAUACAAGACAAAUUAACAGUUGUCGGAUUAAUCCAUCAGAGGAAAAUGUGUUUAUAAGUGGUAGUUUAGAUAGUACAUUAAGGAUAUGGAAUUUAACAAAAAAUAAUUGUUAUGGUAUAGAUAAUGAAUUAGUUCAUCAUCAAUGUUUGAAAAUAGUUAAUGAAAAAAAUAUGAUGAAUAAUAAUAUUUUAUGUAGCGAAUUUUGUAUGGAUGGAAAUACAAUUAUUAUAGGCUGUGAGAGUGGUCAGUUAGAAAUAAGAAAUAAAAUAUCAAAUGAUUAUAUGUAUAGUUAUAAAGGUACACAUAUUAUUAAACCAAAUGUUUCACAUAAUAAUUAUGCUGUAAUUGAUAUAUUAACUUCUAAAAAAAGGAACCAUUAUUUUUAUACCAGAAGUUUAGAUAGCACAGUUAAAUAUUGGGAUAGACGAAAUUUAAAUAUACCAAUUAAUACUAUUGAAAAUAUCAACACAAUUGUUCAUAAAAGUAAUAUGUGUUUUUAUGAUAAGGAUGAAAAGUAUUUAGUCAUUGGUACACAAGAAAAAAAAAUUUCAAAAAAAGAAGAAAAUGUUCAAAAUGCAAAAAAUCAAGCAUACGAAUAUAUAGAAAAUAGACUAGAUUUUGAAGAAGAGAAGACACAAAAGUUGAAAGAUUCAAAAAAAGAAUUUCUUACAAAUAGUUAUAUAAAAAUAUACCAAGGAGAUGAUGAUAUGAACAAAUUUUUAAAUGAAGUGUCUACUGUAAAUAAAACGGAAAAAAAUAUACAUGGAAUGAUCCAAAUAUAUGAUAUUACUACUAAUACUUUUGAUUUGAUAUAUAAAAAAUAUUAUGAACAUUCAGGUAUUAUAUGUGUUCAUUAUGAUGAAUAUAUAAAACACCUAUUUUUAGGUACCACUGAUGGAAAAUGCUUCAUAUAUUAUGAUCAUAAUUCAAAAAAUGGAGUCCUAGAAUAUAUAAACAAAGGCGCAAAAAGAAAAGAACAAGAAGUAAAAGAAAAAAAUAAUUCUUUUUAUAUGAAUACUGAACAUAUAUACAAUUUGGAUAAUUUGCCCAAAGAAAUUGAAAUAACCCAUUCUGGAAAAGUUUUAAUCAAAAAACAUAACAAAAAGAACAAGUUGAACCCAACUAUUAAUGCUCUUAACUCAAAUGCUUAUGAAAGGAAGAGACAGGUGAACCCGUAUUCCAAAUUCAUAGUUGACGUAAAGCAGAAUAGUGGUGAGCGUAUGGACGAAAUACAGAAAGGUGAGCUAGCGAGAGAACAUACGGAUGAGGAAGAAAAUAUUGUCGACCUUCUACGAAAAAGGGAAUUAAAUAAGCAGGGAGAUGAUUAUUUUAUGAAGGCUUACAAAUAUACUCAGCCGAACAAGAUAAUUGACUAUUCCUCAGGAGAAGAACAGGAAUACUCGAAAAUUUUGAAAAAACCCAAGUGCCCGCAAUGUGGAGUUAAAAACUGUGUGUGUGGGUACAUGCAAGGUCUGGGGAGAAAAACAGGGAGCAAUAAAUGA